AUGGCGUCCGGACAGCAGUCGAGGAGAGACAACAAGACGACGGAACGGGAGAUUCACUUGGAGAAAGACAGAGUCCCCAAGAUCGCCUCCCAUUUCGAGUCCCUGACCCACCACGAUCACGACGAAACCAAGCCGUCCGGCACCGGGACCUAUGCCGUCGGCAAAUUUGAAGUCACCAGGGAAACAGAGGGAGGCCACGGCGGCGGCCGGGAGAAGAGUGGUGGUACUACUGGCCACACUAAUCAAGGAGAACAACUCUCUCUUUCCGACAUCUCCAAGCUCAGAGGAGCUGCUCAGCAGAAUUCGGCCGAGGCUAUCAGGGGUGCCCAACAGAGGUACGAGGAGAAGCAGGGUAGCCACGAGCAUUCUGGCGGCGCCGGCGCCACGGAAACUGCCAGAGGAGGAGCUCAGAGAGCUUCUCAGGCCGUGCAAGAGAAGGGCGGUCAAGUCAAGGAAAGUGCUCGAGAAGGAGCUCAGAGAGCUUCUCAGACGGCUCAAGAGAAGGCUGCCCAGGCGAGAGACACGGCGGCGGAAAAGGCCCGUGUAGCUUCCGAAACGGCCCGGCAGAAAGGCGCGCAAGCGAAAGACACCGUGGUUCAGGGAGCUCAGCGAGCCUCCGAAUUGGCUUCGGAGAAGGCGGCGCGAGCAAGAGAGACGGCCUCUGAAGGCGCUCAGAGGACUACGGAGUACUUGAGUGAGAAGGCGAAGCAGGCAAAAGACACAGCAGCCGGAGGUGCUCAGUAUGCUACGGAUAAAGGGAGGCAGGCGAAGGACACGGUGGCCGGAGGUGCUCAGAAGACAACAGAGUACCUGACUGAGAAGGCGGCCCAAGCGAAAGACACCGCCGCGGGAGGAGCUCAGAGGACGUCGGAAUACGUGACGGAGAAGGGGAGGGAGGCGAAGGACACCGCGGCGGAGAAGAGCCAUACCGUAGCCCAAACCGCGAAAGAGUACGCUAGCAAGGCGAAGGACUUUACGGUGGAGAAGGCGGUGGCGGCGAAGGACGUGACCGUUGAAAGCGGGAAAGGGGCGGUUCACUACGUGGCGGAAGUGGCGGAGGACGUGAGGGAGAAGGCGGCCGCGGCGGGGUGGACGGCGGCGCAUUACACGACGGAGAAGACCGUGGAGGGGACGAAGGCUGCGGCGAGGGCGGUGAAGGGUGCGGCGGAGUACGCCGGGCACAAGACGGCGGAGCUGGCGGGGAAGCCGCUGGGGGCGGUGAAGAGCGCGGUGGGGACGACUGGGGAGAGCGCGAAAGAGUACACGGCGAGGAAGAAGGAAGAGGCGCAACGGGAACUGGAGGGGAGCGCGAGGAAGGGGAGAGCAGAAAUCGGUGGCGGCGGCGGCGGAGGAGGAGAAUUCACGACGGAGAAGUGGUCAACGGAGACGACGACGGGAGGAGGAGGAGGGGAGGAAGGAGACGAGGAAAGCGGCGGCGGAGUGUUGGGAGCCAUCGGCGAGACUAUAGUGGAGAUAGCACAGCAGACUAAGAACAUGGUGAUCGGACAACCAGCGGAUGACGACGAGGGAGUCGGUGGAGCGGCGAAGGGCGGUGGCGGGUUUGAGUCUGCGACCAGAAGGGAAGAGUACAGCAGGCAAGAAAAGCGUUAAUAAAGGCGAAUAAUGAAAAAAAAAAAGAAAUAGCAGUGAAAAAUAAUAUGAUGGGGCUGGGGCUUUGGGCUUUCGUUUUGGGCUUUGUACUUUCUGUUUUUGGACUGGUGGGCAUGAGGAUGUCAUGUUACUAGGCUGAUCUGGGCCUGGCCUUCUGUUUAUGCUGUUACUAUGUUUUUAUAAAUUCCAUUGCCUACUGGUCUAUG